UAAUGACAAAUAAAUAAAUUGUAAAAUGUGAAAGUAUCACGCGAAAAAUAGUUCAAAGUAAUUGUGAUUGAUUGUUGUAAAAAAUGGAUAAAAAUUCAAAUUAAAAUCAUACAAAUCACAAGAAAAUGAAAAUCUCGCUACUCACACGUGCCCAUAAAUUUCUGCCAAAAAUAAUCAAAAUCAAAAGAAACGGAAAUGUAAUUAACAAACACUAAUAUCGCCAUUUUUCAGUGAUUUUUUCUUUUCAUUUUUGGCUUUUCCGUGAGUGUGUGAAACGGGGAAGAGUGAGAACGAGAAUUAGAAUUAGAAAAGUGUGAUUAAAUUUGUUGUGUUGUGCAGAUUUGCGUGUUUGCCACAUGCAGCAGUGAUGAAUUUACUUUAACAAUUUAACAACAAAGUUUAUGUUUGUGUAUAACAACUAGACCUUCUUCAACAUCGCAGACUUCUGUUGCGACAAUGGGAAACUCACAGACAUCAGCAGCAAAGACAACAAAUGGAGAAGGAGGCGGUGGUGUGACUUCAUCGUCUUCGACAACAUUUGGUGGUUCAAUAAGAAGUCGUCGUGGUAGUAAAGUAAAAGUUUUUGGCCUUUUGGGUCAAAAGAAGCCACCAAAAGAAGGCAAUACGCCAACGACACCAACAUCAGCAGAUCUACCACAAGUUGGCGGCACAAAUGUGGCAAAUACAACGAAUGCUGCUGCAACAGCAACAACAUCGAAAACAAUUGGUCGUGUAGAAAGCAUUGAUGAGGAGGCGGAAUUGCAUCAAAAACAUGACGCAGUUGUACGUCAAUUGGAAUUCGAACAAAUGGAAAUACGAAGAAAACGCUCAACGCAAAAUAAAGAUAAUUCUGAAUUAUUUAUCAAAUGUAAAAGCAACAUAUCAAACGAUAACUACAACUAUCGAACUGACAAAGUGCCAAUACACAGAAAACGUCCGGCACCAAAACCACCAGCGACAACAGCAUCAAAGACAACAACCACAGACACCAUGAAUAGGGCACAAAAUGAAACCGAUAACGCACAAUACGAUCAUCGUGAGUUUAUAGAAAAAUUAAUCGAUUCCACAAUAAAACUAGAGACUUUAGAAUGUGUGACCCAACAAGAGGAAGAAGGCGACAAACAAGAAACUGUAGAUAAGCCGGAAUUGUGUAUAAAAACAAAUAAUGAAGAAAAAUUAAAAACAAAACAAAAUAUUGAUAACGUUGACAGAGAAACGACAACGGUAGAAACAACAAAUAUGCCGAUCGCAUUAACCGCAAGAAACGCACAACGAGAUCGUUCCCAUAGCAAUAUUCCAAUAUUGGCUGGAAAUACAACAUCAAAUAACAGAUGUAUGUCUUCUGAAAAAGCAGCGAAGAGAGACAAACCAAUAGAUCUGCUGCUGGAACCACAAUCACAUCAACAUCGGCCCAAUGAUGUUAUGCAUGAGAGAAAUGACCCACUAACGCCACCCCAAAGUUCGACUAGCCUAACAGCGCCUGUGGGUUCUACAGCAGAACCAUGCUCAACAACUGAUGAAAUCGAUGAUGACGAUGAGGAGGACGAGCACAACGACAUUAAUGAUGACGAGGUCGUGGAUGGACAUGAACAAAAAACAAAUCAAACGCACAUACGUACAGCAUUCUAUACGCCAACAUCAGCCACACAAUUGCCAACAUCCCUGAAAGAAUUAUCAGCCAACACAACACUAAUAACUAGAGCAACAGCAGCCGCCGUAACUGUGAAAGAACAACCGCGACCGCUUAGUGAUAUUAGUAUAACUUCUGGUGAUACUUCGGGCAUUUUGUCGCCCACAACAGCAAGAGCAAUAUUCGAAUUACAAAAACGUCAUCAAGCUGAUAAGUUAUCAUUGCUGUCCAUAGCCAAAACUACAUAUUUGGUGUUGUUGCCCACGACUGAAUCUAGCCCCGAAUUAGAAACCGAAAGUCCCGAUGAACAAAUGGCUUUACAUUUGGGUAAGAAACUAGCUCAAGUGCUAAGUGGGAGUGGAGGAGGAGGCUCCAGCAAUGCAAAUUCCAGUAUGGGUAUUGGUGGGGGUGGUACAGGUACACCUGGUUCACCGAUGCCGGAAAAUAUUACAUGUUGCAAUGUCAUUACAGGCACAAAUGAACUGUUUAACAUUGCAAAGGCCAAAAAGAUUGAAUUGCCGAGUUUAUCAUCACGUUUGGUGGCAACUGCACCACCAACUCCCACCCCAACAGAGACACAAAUAAUAACGCAUACAAUUGCUUCAACGGAUGCCAAACAUUUGCCAACUUUACAAUCACCAAACCUGCCAACGAACACUACUACUUCAGCUUCUACGAACAAUACAACAGCAACAACAACGGAAACUCAAUCAACCGUUAUAAUUUCAUUUAAAUCAUCCCAAACACCUGUUCAAUCUCAGACACCAUUCUCAAAUGCUGGGACAUUCGAACAGCAGCAUCACUUCCACCAGCCGCAGCAACAGCAGCACUUGCAUUUAGAACAGCAAUAUUCCGCAUUAAACAAUGACGAUACGAUAACAGAAACAAUGACACACACAGCAACGCCUUCGCUGGCGAACACCAGUCACAUUAGUACAACAGCGCAAAUGGGUUCACCAAUCUGUACGCCAAGAACUCCCAAAAACAAUGUACUGAAAAAAGUGGCAUCUUUUACACUUGAAAAGUCAGCGGGUGGCAGUGCUAAUAGUAAAAUCAAUAAUGGUGAUCCCAGCUCGGGCAUGUCAGGACAAAUGGAAAAUAUCGGCUCGAAACGUUCAACAUUUGUGCCAGAAAAGUUAAGCUUCGCUGCAUAUGAAAAGUUUGAAGGUCAAAUGUUGAUGAAAUGGUUCAUAUCGUCGCUACAAAACAAUUGCAAUCACUUGAGUGAACAGGAUAUUAGUAUGUUAACACUUCAAUAUUGUAAUAAUUUAAUCAAUGUGGGUGUUUUGAAGCAAAUUUCCGAGAAAAAUGAUUUGGAAACAUUCAAGCCAUUCCAAAUGUACCAAUGGACACACACUGAAGCACCUACAACAUCGCAACCACACACACCUGGAAAAUUGGAUAAAGUCACAUCAUGGCCGUACUGCAGCACCCCCACUUCAGCAGUGUCACGCAUACCAAAAGCCAUUCAGGUGGAUACGCCACAGUCCGAUAGAGACAGUGGCUUUAUGCAAAUGCUAAGAAAACGAUUAUUAACUUGUUCCACCAUAGCAGAGGUACAUGCUGUGGUCAAUGACAUGCUGUCUGUGGGUGAACCAUUAAGGCGGCCUUCAAAACGUUGUGUGUUAUUGACUGAUCUAUUAAAUGCCAGUGAAGCGACAGUAUAUCAAUAUGAGAAGAACAGUAGUACAGAUGCAAGUUCAGGAUGUGAGAGUGGAGUUCAGGAAGCUGGAGUACAAACAGAAGAAGCGUUAUCGCAGGCGAUAACAGAGUUUGUAUGCAGUAAAUGUAAAAAUUCUCAAGAAAAUUUGCAGCAUCAUGAGAUAUUGAGGUGUGAUAAAGAAGUGCAAGUUUCUCUAAGUAGCGAAUCUGAUGAAAUUAAUUCAAAUCAAUUAAAGCCGGAUAUACAUCCUCCACAACCAAUUGGGAAUCAAGCAGCACCGCCACCUCCUCCUCCACCACCUCCACCAUAUGUGGCUCCUCCUCCACCGCCACCACCACCAGCUCCAUCGUCAACCUCACUUUUACCGCCACCACCUCCUCCCCCUCCUCCUGGUAUAGCUUCAGCUGGACCCCCACCUCCUCCGCCCCCUGGUUCCUCAAUAGCAACUACUGGACUUACGCUCAAUACAUCUGCAGUUCCUCCUCCACCACCACCAGGUGCCGCAAAAACGCCAGCAACAUCAACGCCAGCCCCUCUACCGAAUCCAGCUGAAGGAGGUUGGUUCAAACAAGCAAAUAUAAUUGCUCCAACUGCCCCCACAUUAGCGUUACGUAAGACUGCCGUUAAUCCUCCAAAGCCCAUGAAGCCUCUAUACUGGACUCGUAUAGUAACACAGCCUCCGCCACCUAAACCUCCAAAGCCCAUUGCCGCUAUAGUUCCUGUCACCGGUGACACCACUGACUCUUCAACACCCAGCACUUCUCCAGAUGAACCAAUUCUUUCUGAAUCGCCUGCAGCGCCUAAAGAAAUUUGGCAAGAAAUCGAUGAAACUAAUCUCGAUAAUAUUGACGAGUUCACAGAAUUAUUUUCUCGAGAAGCGGUCGUACCCAAAGUAGUACCGAAAAUUAAGACCGAAGUGCGUGUAAGAGCGGUUAAGGUACUCGACUGUAAAAGAUCCCAAAAUGUAGGAAUUUUGCUUCGGAGUUCUCAUGUCGACUUUUGCGAAAUCGAGCAUGCUAUAUAUCAUGUUGACACCUCUGUAGUUAGCCUGGAAACCCUACAACAAAUCAACAAAAAUAAGGCAACAAAUGAAGAGUUGGAACGCAUUAGGGACCAAGGUGAUGCACCUCUUGAUGAACCAGAACAGUUUCUAUUGAAAAUCUCGCAAAUAUCCAUGUUCACCGAACGCAUAUCGUGCAUGGUAUUCAUGGCUGAAUUUGAAGAAACUGCCACUGUUAUAGAGCGCAAAUUGGAAGUUGUGAAGCAAUUAUCACAAUUUCUGAUGGAAAGCGAGGAACUUAAAUUAAUAUUUGCAAUUAUACUAACUUUGGGUAAUUAUAUGAACGGCGGCAAUCGUCAGCGUGGCCAAGCCGAUGGUUUCACUUUGGAAAUUUUAAGCAAAUUAAAGGAUGUUAAAUCCAAGGAUUCUCAAACAACGCUAUUACACUUUAUUGUCCGUACAUAUAUUGGUAGAAAGCGAAAAGAUGGCGUACAGUUAUUGGAAAUACCGUUGCCAAUACCAGAACCAUCGGAUGUGGAGAGGGCAACUCAAGUGGAUUUUGAUGAGGUCAAAGGACAAAUAUCAAAGUUAAAUGAUCAAUUAAAUGCUAAGAAACGUAUUACAGACGCUGUUAUCAUGCAUUCAACUCCCCAAAAUAUGGAACCUUUCAAAUCCAAAAUGGAAGUAUUUUUAAAAAAUUCUUCCAAAGAAAUCGGAAAACUAUUCAAUGAAUUGGACGAAUGUCGUGAAGUAUUUGUAGAAACUAUGAAAUUUUAUCAUUAUGCUCCCAAAUCCGGCACUUUGGAGCAGUGUACACCCAAUAAAUUCUUCGAACACUGGACCAAUUUUACAAAUGAUUUUAAGGAAAUUAUGAAAAAAGAAAUUGCCGUAUUGUGGAAUGAGUUACUGAAAAAAUCGAAAGAUGUACAAACGCGCAAAACAGCUAAAACUACAAAAGUGAAACCGGGUUGCCUAAAAGAACGUAUUAUGCGUCUAAAUAAAAAAUAAAUAAAAAUCAUUGUUAUUUAUUUCUUCAUACUGACUAUUUUACCAAUAUUAUUUUCUAUUAAUUUAAUGCCUUGAAAUCAACAAAAGUAAAGAAUGAAGCACAUUUUACUUGACUUCCUUUUUUGUCUACCGCUAGACGGAUGGCUGAAUGAAGGAUUCCUGCUGACUACAGAUCAAUGAAACUGCGUUAUUAAUGUUUAAGUUAAAUUAUUUUCGAUGAAAUCACUUGAAAAUAAAAUGUUCUAUUUUUUGUAUUUUUUUAUUAUUUAGAGCA